UGCAUUUCCUAUAGUAUCAACCACCAUGUGGCUGCCCACUGUGUGUGAAGCCGCCGGGGUCACCAGCGCUCUGCAGUGCCAUCCAUCCAUCGGUUCCGCAGCUGAAGAGAUGCUUUCGUAAUCGAUUUUAUCUUAAGCCGCCGGAUUCGCCAAACCAUCUUCAGUGUGUUUUUGGAGUUCAACCGAAACGGAUCGGGGCGAUCAGCGGCGAUCAGCGCUCAGUGAUCGAACAGAAGGCGCAAGAACAUUUUGGGUUUCUUUUUCUAGUUCCGAUAUUAAGGACUUGUUGUGUGCUUCCUUUCUCAAAUUUGUGACAGUGUUUAAAAAAAAAUCGGCUUUAAAAAUGAUCAACAAAGUGUGGUACAUUCUCGCCCUGACCCUACUCGUGAAUUGGUUAGACGUGGAGGGCUUCCUGGUUAAGGAUGGCAACUGCACACUGGCUACAGUUAACUUACCCUUCGUGAAAGACUUCGAAGUGGAGAAGUAUCUUGGACAAUGGUACGAACUGGAGCGGUACGAGCAGGACUACGAGCGAAACAUGGAGUGCGUUACGAUCGUGUACCGUCGAGCACAGCCGUCCGAUCGGAUGAUGGAGGUGAACUAUCGUGGCUUUCUACCCUUCAAUGACACCAUCAACACCUUCAGCGGAAUCGGCGUGUUUAGCGAGGAACCCGUACAGGAAAACAGCAACACAACCACCAGCAGUACGACGACGGUUGCGAAGCUGAUCGCUUCCUUCGGCAAAGCCAACAACACCACCAACUACUGGGUGGUGGACACGGAUUACGUCAACUACGCGAUCGUGUACUCCUGCGCGAUGUUCCUCGAGAUGAACCAGGCGGUGGAGGGCUACUGGUUGCUGUCCCGUAUGCCCAAUCUACCCAACAUUCCGAAAGUGAUCGAACGAGUGUCGUACCUCCGAUCGACGUACUUCGAGGUUUCGCAUAUGCGUGUCACCAACCACACGGAGCAACUCUGCCCAGUCGAACCAAAGCUACCGAGAGAACCGAGCUUAGUCAUCUUACCACCACUGUAGGCGGGUGCGAGUCCCACUGCCAACUCUGCCACUUAGUUUAGUCCGCCAUGUCCGCCAUGUGUGCCUGUAUGUUAUCAGUAGAUAAGUCAGCAUAAUCUAUGCACUCAACAGUAUAAUAAAGUAACAACAACAGUGAUGGAAUGAAAACAGAAAAUGAAA